AUGUACGUAGAGGAAAUAAACAACGAAAGCAUAAUUGAGAGAUCCUGGAUUCUCCAUAAGAUACAUGCACACAACAAUCAUGAAAGGAAAGGCAUACUAUUGUCAGCAGACAUGGGGUUUGGAAAGUCAACCAUUGUGUCAAAUAUCGUUUGUGCAGCUCCAAGGUCUAUCUGGUAUUCAUUAAGACAGCAAGUACUUGUUUAUCACAUGUGUCGGUAUGACCUUUUUUUAACUACACAACCUGAAGUUUUUUUCCGUAAUUUAGCAGGUGCAAUCGUAAGAGAGAUGCCAGAGAUUGGUAAUACAAUUCUAUCUGAUGAUAUGGCAUUAGAUUUUCUGUAUGGCAAAUGUACAAUAGAUCCAGUAGCUUGUUUAGAAUAUUCUGUUCUGAAUAAGUUGAAACAUGUGAAUGACGAUCGGAAGCAUCUAAUCAUUAUAGACGCAAUUGAUGAAUGCGAAACUUCAGGAGGAACUGAUUUACAUUGUAAAGAUUUGAAUACGGAUGACUGUAACUAUAUUCCAGAAAGUCUUGAAAAAAUAUACAUGCUAAAUUUUGAGCGAGUGUUUGGUGAAAAAGGAGAUCUGUUCGAAGAAUUUAUCAGUGUAUUUGAAGUUUUAUGUACCUUGCAAAACCCAAUUGAAGAAAACAAACUUUUAGAGGUUGCUGGUCUCAAAUCGCAAGAUAUUAAAAGAAAGACUUCUCGCAGUUUACGUAACGAGCUUCGUCACUUCAUCAAAAUAUCAAAUGGUUAUAUGUCAUUUCAGCACAAGUCAAUAAGUGAUUUCCUAACGGAUUCUUCAAGAAAAUAUUCAAAUUUCUAUGUAGAUUUACAAAAUGGUCAUAAACGUUUUGCAGAAUAUUUACUGAAUUCAUUGAAUGUGUCAAUGACGGAUAAUUUGAUGGAUGUUGUACAUCAUGUAGCUAUGUCCCGAGUCUCAGAGUAUGAGAAUAUAUUGUUUCAAUAUGUAAGAGAACUGAAAAGACAGAACCCUGCAUUUACUGCUUCUCAAUACGGAAACGAAAAGUCUUUGUUGGCUCUACUCGACCAUGGAUCAGAUAUAACGUUUCAAUAUCUGAGUUCUGACCAACCAUCUAUCAUAUUUGAAGACGAUAGAACUAUGUCAUCUAAAAACGGACACACGAAAGUUGUAAUUCUAUUGCUUGAUUAUGUUGAUGAAAAUUGUCUUCCGUGUAAUAUGGACAUUUCCUGGAGACCAACAUUACUAUCAAGUGAGGAAUUAGAAGAUGGGAAUAAUUUGGUUCAGAUAGCUUACAAUCUAACAUUUAGUAAAGGAGAAAAAUUGCCAGUUGUAGAAGAUUUUGAGAACUUGAGAUUGAUAACUUGUGAUACACCAUUAAAUGCUGCUGUCAAAAAUGGCCAUAUCGAAAUAGUUAAAAUUUUGGGAACAUAUAGUGCAAGAACAGUCAAUUUAUACGCUGAGCAGGAAGUUAGAGAUAUUCUAGAGAGGUCUUUUGAAAUACCGUUUUUAUUAUCAAAAUGUAAUUCGCCAUAUAUCAUCGAAUUACUAUUGAACUCAAAGAACGCACUGCGUUGUGACGGAAAUAAAAGUGCUCUUCAUGAAAUAGUUCAUAACGACAGGAACAUUCAAUGGACAUUUCAUUCUCUCUCUUUUUUGGAUCCUAUUUUUGAAAAAUACUCUGUCAAAUUUUUGGAUGAAUGCUUCGAUGACCGAGGCUACAACUUACUUCACAGAUCUAUCAUGGGUGCACAUUUGCCGACGAUACACUAUCUCAUUAAUCAAGGAAUGAACCGUUGGCAACCAUCUAAAGACAACAAAACAGCUCUGGAAAUAUUCUUUUUAAAUUCACCAUACACUGACAACGGUAUUAUACCGACUUACUAUACAUUUGGUUCACGCUUUCAUAACAUUCAGUAUGUAUCAUCAAUAGGAAGUGAAGAUGUUGUUUACGAUAGCAGUCGUCUUAUAAAUUUUGAUGAGACGGCAACAAAUCUCUUGCACACAAAUGAUAUUAAAAUACAACUCAUUAGAAGUCAAUUGUGUGACUCAAAGAACAAGGAUCUUGGAUUAAUACAUAUUGCUGCGGCUAAAGGGUAUUUGACGUUUUUGAAAACAGCAAGAGAAAUGUUUGGGUUGGAUUAUUUGCGCUGUGAGGAUCAAUUUGGUGUAACACCUAUGUAUAUUGCACAUAUCUAUAAUCAAACAAAAAUUGUCAAUUGGAUGAGAAAAUUGAAACUUCAUAUCAAAAGACCCACGGAAAGCUCAGAAAAUAUUUUACUUUUUAAUAUGAUAGAUAAUUACAUGUCUCCGGACAAGUAUGAUUGGACUUGUCUCCUGAGAUAUAGAUACAGAUAUACUGGAAUAAUACGAAACCAAGUUUUAAAAUGUAGUGUUAAAAAUUCUCAUCUUAUCAGGAAAGUUGCCAUCACUAAUAUAGGUAAUCAGGAAUUUAUACAGAUUGUAUUUACUUAG